CGAGAUUGCGCUGAAAUGCCUUGGGAGUUGGGUUUGAGACCACACGCUUGAUAAGGUGUCGUACACUGGUAACCUGGUUGGCAGGUUUCGGUGUCUUUGGCUUUACUAAAAAAACAAUCUACAUCCGCAACCGUACAAAGCUCUUUACUAUUCAUCAAGUGAAUCUGCCAUCCCCCACACGCCAACAACCAGUCCAUGCAGCUCUUCACGAUGCAACCGCGGCCACUGAAUCAGCUGUGCCUUUCCUCAUCCGCCACGUCUUGAUCGCCUCCACUACUUCUAACCCAUGCCCGUUUCGGCUUUCCGCGGUUCGCAAUGGCUUCGGUAUCGCAGGACUCUCAGCCAAUGUUCCAAUGGCACUUCAACGAGUUCGACGACCGCGGCUUCGAAGUCCGCGGCCGCACCCUCUUCCUCAUCGUCAUCCUCUUCUCCGUUCUACUCCUCUUCACUCUCCUUUUCCUCUACGCCGCUGGGUCUACCUGUACCGCCACCUCCCCUUUCCCAACCUCCAGUCCGCAGCCGGCGCCUCGGGGGCUCGACUCGUCCACCAUUAAAAGCUUUCCCAUAAUCCCGCUCCGGUCAUUGGAAGCUCCGAACUCAAUGGUACAAGCCGAGUGUUGUAUAUGCCUCGGUGUGUUCGAAGAUGGCGAGAAGGUUAAGGUUUUGCCACCUUGCCGACAUUGUUAUCAUUCCGAGUGCGUCGACAGGUGGUUGAGUGGUCAUUCGAGUUGCCCAUUGUGUAGAGCUUCUCUCGGAGUGGACGCUCAGGUUGAAUCGGCCGUUCCACAAACGAAUUACCUCCCAUGAACAAAGUAGCCUUUAAAACUAGCUCUUAAAAAGGAGUGUUUGCUCUGUGGUAUUAUUAUUCGAAGUCAGAGCUAGCAAAACGUUGUCAAGGAUUGGUGUGUGUUUUUGUUCAUUGUAUCAUUGUAUUUUUCAUCUCAAAUCUUUGUUGCACUUUGUCUGGUUUUUCAACUUUCCUGUGGACUACAGUUGUUUUUUUUUUUUUUUUUUUGUUUCGAAAAUCUGUGGACUACAGGUUUAAGAUAGAACGAAGCAGUAAAAGAAAGCAGGAAGACGGUCUUCGGGUCAUCUGAUAUGUCAUCGUUUGGGAGUAAAACGAGUCACAGCCAGUUUCGGGAGCUACUGCGAAAGAAGAAUUUGUCGGUUUUUGACUGCCAUCUGUUCGAUCCAUUUCCUCAAAUAAUUUUGUCAUGAAGUCCGGUUUCUUAAUUAAGCUUUGUAUAUAGAGAAUAAUUCAGGCUUGAAGAUAGGUUCUUAACUUCUUAAAGAUAUAUAUAUAUAUAUUUUUUGUUUCCAGGAA